GGUCGCGGGGUCGGGUGCCGCCCGGCGAACCGGAUGCGGCGGCGACCGUGAGGCCGAGCCGGGUGCGGACGUCGACGCCGAGCGUCGGGGGGCGGGGGGGGGCAGGGCUCCCCGGGAGGAGGAAGAAGCAACGGCCGCGGGCGGCGGGGGAGCGGCGGGAAGGCGACAGCGAGGCCAGGCCGGGGCCGGGCCGCGGGGGCCGCGGGGGCCGCCAUGGGCAACCGGGGGAUGGAGGAGCUGAUCCCGCUGGUGAACAAGCUGCAGGACGCCUUCAGCUCCAUCGGCCAGAGCUGCCACCUCGACCUGCCGCAGAUCGCCGUGGUGGGCGGCCAGAGCGCCGGCAAGAGCUCGGUGCUGGAGAACUUCGUGGGCCGAGACUUCCUCCCCCGAGGUUCUGGAAUCGUCACCCGGCGGCCUCUCAUCUUGCAGCUCAUCUUCUCCAAAACAGAAUAUGCUGAAUUUCUGCACUGCAAGUCCAAAAAGUUUACAGACUUCGAUGAGGUGCGGCAGGAGAUCGAAGCAGAGACCGACCGGGUCACGGGGACCAACAAGGGUAUCUCCCCGGUGCCCAUCAACCUGCGGGUCUACUCGCCCCACGUGUUGAAUCUGACCCUCAUCGACCUCCCGGGCAUCACCAAGGUCCCCGUGGGGGACCAGCCCCCUGACAUCGAGUACCAGAUCCGGGAGAUGAUUCUGCAGUUCAUCAGCCGGGAGAGCAGCCUCAUCCUGGCCGUCACCCCCGCCAACAUGGACCUGGCUAACUCAGACGCCCUGAAAAUGGCCAAGGAGGUGGACCCCCAAGGCCUGCGGACCAUCGGCGUCAUCACCAAGCUGGACCUGAUGGACGAGGGUACCGACGCCAGGGACGUCCUGGAAAACAAGCUGCUCCCCUUGAGAAGAGGCUACAUCGGGGUGGUGAACCGUAGCCAGAAAGACAUUGAAGGCAAGAAGGACAUCCGGGCCGCGCUGGGGGCCGAGCGCAAGUUCUUCCUGUCGCACCCCGCUUACCGGCACAUGGCAGACCGCAUGGGGACCCCGCAUCUGCAGAAGACGCUCAACCAGCAACUGACCAAUCACAUCCGGGAGUCGCUGCCGGCCCUGCGCAGCAAACUACAGAGCCAGCUGCUGUCUCUGGAGAAGGAGGUGGAGGAGUACAAGAGCUUCCGGCCUGACGACCCCACGCGCAAAACCAAAGCCUUGCUGCAGAUGGUCCAGCAGUUCGGGGUGGACUUUGAGAAGCGGAUUGAGGGCUCGGGGGACCAGGUGGACACGCUGGAGCUGUCGGGGGGCGCCCGCAUCAACCGCAUCUUCCACGAGCGCUUCCCCUUUGAGCUGGUGAAGAUGGAGCUUGACGAGAAAGAUCUGAGGAGAGAAAUCAGCUACGCCAUCAAGAAUAUCCAUGGAGUCAGGACUGGGCUAUUCACCCCGGAUAUGGCCUUUGAAGCCAUUGUGAAAAAACAAAUUGUCAAACUCAAAGAACCGAGUUUGAAGUGUGUUGACCUGGUGGUCUCAGAGCUGGCCACCGUCAUUAAGAGGUGUGCCGAGAAGCUCAGCUCCUAUCCCCGGUUGCGAGAAGAGACAGAACGGAUCGUUACCACGUACAUCCGGGAACGGGAGGGGAGGACCAAGGACCAGAUUCUGCUCCUGAUUGACAUCGAGCAGUCCUACAUCAACACCAACCACGAGGACUUCAUUGGAUUUGCCAACUGUUACUAUACCGAGCAACUGGUCACCGGUGCCCAGCAGAGAAGCACCCAGCUGAACAAGAAGAGGGCCAUCCCCAACCAGGGGGAGAUUUUGGUGAUCCGGAGAGGCUGGCUGACCAUUAAUAACAUCAGCCUCAUGAAGGGAGGCUCCAAGGAGUACUGGUUCGUGCUGACGGCGGAGUCCCUGUCCUGGUACAAGGACGAGGAGGAGAAGGAGAAAAAAUACAUGUUGCCUCUGGACAACUUGAAAAUCCGGGACGUGGAGAAGGGCUUCAUGUCGAACAAGCACGUCUUUGCCAUCUUCAACACAGAGCAGAGAAACGUGUAUAAGGACCUGCGGCAGAUUGAACUGGCCUGUGACUCCCAAGAGGACGUGGACAGCUGGAAGGCCUCCUUCCUCCGAGCCGGCGUGUACCCCGAGAAGGACCAGACCGAGAGCGAAGAUGGGGUGCAGGAGAACACGUUCUCCAUGGACCCACAGCUGGAGCGGCAGGUGGAGACCAUCCGCAACCUCGUGGACUCCUACGUCGCCAUCAUCAACAAAUCCAUCCGGGACCUCAUGCCAAAGACCAUCAUGCAUCUUAUGAUCAACAACACCAAGGCCUUCAUCCACCACGAGCUGCUGGCCUACCUGUACUCGUCGGCCGACCAGGGCAGCCUGAUGGAGGAGUCGGCAGAGCAGGCCCAGCGUCGCGACGACAUGCUGCGGAUGUACCACGCCCUCAAGGAGGCGCUCGCCAUCAUCGGGGACAUCAGCACCAGCACCGUGUCCACGCCGGUGCCGCCACCUGUGGAUGACACCUGGCUGCAGAACGCCAGCGCCCACAGCCCGACACCGCAGCGCCGCCAAGUGUCCAGUGUACACCCCCCAGGCAGACCCCCGGCCGUGAGGGGCCCCACCCCAGGGCCCCCCCUCAUCCCCAUGCCCGUGGGGCCGGCACCCUCAUUCUCAGCGCCCCCCAUCCCAUCCCGGCCCGGCCCCCAGAGCGUGUUCGCCAACAAUGACCCCUUCUCAGCACCGCCUCAAGUCCCGUCUCGGCCUGUACGGGUCCCCCCUGGAAUUCCCCCCGGAGUGCCGAGCAGGAGACCCCCCGCCGCACCCAACCGGCCCACCAUCAUCCGCCCCGCUGAGCCGUCCCUGCUUGACUAGACCCUGGGGGGCCCCUCCCAGUGCACCCCAAGCUGCAGGAACUUCAGGCGGCCUAGCCCCCCCCGUCACAGUCGCCACUCCCUGAGCGGCCCCUGACUCCCCUAACCACGAUCGUCCUCUGCAGCUGGACACAGCACUGAAUUGGGGGGGGGCCCUGAGCCCCCCGGACAGAGCAGUGGGCUAUUGCACUUUGGGGAGGGUGGGGACGGGGCCUUACGGGGUCCAGAGGAGGGAACUAUCUGGACCCAACGUUGUGUCUAAGGGUGUCUCCCGCCUGCAAGCUUGGGUCACCAACCUCAUGGACACCGGGGACCCGGCCCUUGUUGGGGUGCAAGAAAUGGACCCUGUCUCAGCAGAGGCCCAAUAGCAGUACCCAUCUGCCUGCUCUGGGCCAGUCACCAGAGGUGCCUCUUAUCUGCUCCCCACUCCCAGCCUCGCUCCCUCUAAGCCCUGCGUCUCCAGAGGUGCUGGGGGUUGAGUGGAGGGUUGGGGGGGUGCCUCCCCUGACAGAGGGGGGACUGAGCCCCCCCCGGGCAGCCUCUCGCCCCCCUGCUCAGAUUGACCACUAUAAGUGCCUGCGCCCUGUAUCUUAAUGAACUAAAAUAAAGGGAAAAAGCUUAAA